GCGAGGCCGUCCAAUGAGUGUGGGAAUCGGGCAGAAGAGGCGGAAGUGGGGCGGGGCUGAGGAGUGGCUUCCGGUCGGCACGGAAGAAGCGGCAACUGGCGGGCCAUGGGGCGCCGCAAGUCUAAGCGGAAGCCGCCCCCCAAGAAGAAGGUGACGGGCACGCUGGAGACGCAGUUCACCUGCCCCUUCUGCAACCACGAGAAGUCCUGCGACGUGAAGAUGGACCGUGCCCGCAAUACGGGUGUUAUCUCGUGCACUGUUUGCCUGGAGGAGUUCCAGACGCCCAUCACCUAUCUGUCGGAGCCAGUGGAUGUCUACAGUGAUUGGAUCGAUGCCUGUGAAGCUGCCAACCAGUAGCAACAGGGCCUUCCCGAGUCAGUGGGGGGGAAGGGUGCACAACUCUGCCACCCCCCCCACCACAAGCAUGUUUUUUUAUUAUUAUUAUAUGUUUUCUUCACUUUUUUUCUGUUUUAUCUCCCCGUGUUUUGGGGGCAGCAGCUCGAAGGCUGCCUCCAGGCCAGGGGUGGAACCCCCACCCAUGGGUUGUGUUCCAGCGCAGCCCUGUCCACGUACCCACUCAGCUGAGCCCCCAGGGGCACCGCAAAUAAACGCCCACUUGGGGCAGCACCACU